UUAAGGAAAACUUUACUGCGUAUCGACCGCUUUAUUUGUGGACCGAUUUGGGACAACUUGCUACUGUGACCAUGAUUUACUUUCCUUUCUUUUCAGCAGAAACAUGGACUCUGUUAAUUACAUUUAUCGUCUUAUUAAUUGCGUAUGGUUAUUGGCCAUACGGUAUCUUUAAGAAACUCGGAAUUCCUGGCCCGAAACCUUCAAUAUUCUUUGGUUCUGCUACUUAUUAUAAAAAGGGUUUCUAUAAGAUGGAUAUGGAUUUGUUCAAGAUGUAUGGCAGAAUGUGGGGAUUUUAUGAGGUCAGACAGCCUAUUUUGUGCAUCAUGGACACAAGCAUGAUCAAAACGGUUCUGGUGAAAGAAUGCUUCUCCUACUUCACCAAUAGAAGGCAUUUCGUCUUUAAUGGUCCCCUCAAUAGUGCGGUCGGCAACGCUCGAGAUGGAGAGUGGAAACAGAAACGCAGUGUGCUCUCCCCUCUGUUCAGCAGUGGCCACAUUAAGGAGAUGCUUCCAUUAAUGAAGCAACAUUCUGAUAAAUUAGUUCAAUGUCUCCAGGGGACUACUAACCACGAUGAAGCUAUGGAUGUCAGAGAGUACUUUGGCUCGUACUGUUUGGAUGCUCUUGCAAAUAUUGCCUUAAGUAUUGAUAUAGACUCACUCAACAACCCAAAUGAUCCCAGCGUCCUUAAAAUAAAGAAGGCAUUCACUUUUCAAUUAAAUAAUCCGGGAUUUAUUCUUUCAGCUCUUUUUCCCAUCUUGAAUCCCCUCCUGGAGAAAGCUGGUCUUUGCAUUUUUCCAGUCGCUGAAAUUAGGUUCCUUUUUUCUGCAGUCGAGAAGGUAAAGUUGGAUCGGGAAAAAAAUGGGGACAAGAAUCGAAUGGAUUUUCUGCAUCUAAUGUCAGAAUCUCAAUUACCGGAACCCAAAACUGGUGGAAAUGGAAACAAGGAAAUGAAAGGUCUAACACACCAUGAGAUCUUAUCUACAGCAGCAACGUUUCUGGCUGCUGGUUUUGAGACCACCAGUAAAACUCUUACAUUCCUGAUAUACUGCCUGGCCACCAACCCUGAUGUCAUGAAAAGAUUGCUGGAUGAGAUUGACAAAGUGUUCCCGAACAAGUCCCCAGUGACAUAUGAGCAGCUGGUUCAUUUGGAGUACUUGGAUAUGGUUUUAAAUGAGUCUCAGAGGCUAUAUCCUAUUGCUCUUCGCAUGGAAAGGCUCUGCACAGAAACCAUCGUUGUCAAUGGGGUGACCAUCCCCAAAGGAACACUUGUCAUGAUUCCAGUGUACGCCUUGCACCGUGACCCUGAACACUGGCCAGAACCUGAAUGCUUCAAUCCAGAAAGGUUUAGCAAGGAGAACAAGGAUGGCAUGGAUCCCUAUGCCUUUCUGCCUUUUGGUGCUGGCCCUCGAAAUUGCAUUGGAAUGAGGCUUGCAGUUGUCCUCAUGAAACUUGCUAUCGUUCAGGUGCUUCAGCACUUCAGUUUUGCUGCAUGCCAAGAGACGGAGAUACCACUCCAGCUGGACAAAUCACCUAUUCUUGGGACUGUGAACCCAAUAAAAGUGAAGUUUGUCCCUCGUGGCCCGACUACGAAUGAGGAAUAAAACCUAGCGGGCUUCUGGCUCGCUUUAAUUCACACGCACGCUGAGAGAUAACAAGAUUCUUGCAUUGCAAUUAUCAGCCACUUUAUAAUCGUAGUUCUACAUAUACAUAUAAUACAUAUAUUUCACUAUAUAUGUACUACCUUUGUAAUUCCAAUUGUAGACAUUUGCUCUUGGGUACAUUCCCAUUCAUGUCAGUAAACCUGUGAUGCACACCGUUUAUUAACGGAUGUGUUCUCAUGCAAACAGUUGGUGCAAUUAUCUGAAAAGAAAAUUCUAACUCUUUCUGUACAUGUUGUUUGAGAUUAAAUUAUUUCCUAAACAAAUCAUUCUCUUUAUCGUUUGUAGUUUAAAAAUAAACCUUUUUAAAAAUCUUU